AAUAUCACCAUUUAAAAUAUAAACAAUGGAUGCUCUGCAUGAUCUGUUUCCAAACAAGACCCUCUGAUUAUGAGUCAGACAAACAAGCCACACGCUCAUAUGCCCAAUAUACAUAGUAAUUAAAUUUGAAUCCUAUUUAAAUCAUUCCACUAAAAAGAAAACAUCCGUGUUUCUGCUGUCAUUCCAAUAAUUUCAUUAUAUUCCCAGAAUGGAUCCCCCACCCCCACCACACACACACACACACACACACACACACACACACACACACACACACACACACGUUUGUGAGAAUAGGAGAAGACUAAAGGUAGAGGGGAGGGGGUUUGAGGGAGACGUCAGCAAACAUGCAUUCAUACUUUCUCCCCAUUUUCUACUCUCUCUCACUCACACGCUCUCUCUCCUGUCUCUUUCUUCCUCCCUGUGAGCCAACUGCCCUCUCUCGUCAUUGCCAAGCCACCAUGGGCACCAGAUAACCGGCUGCAGGCUUUCCACACAUCAUGGGUUGCUGCCUCUGUAAAAGUCACAAAGAGUUCCACUAUCCCCUAACUGUGCUACAUGAGCGACAUGCUCCAACCUCCGCCAAGGGAUACGCUUCAAUCACCCAAGAUCUGAAUGACGACGAGCCAUAUACUGCAUAGAGCUGAUCAGGCUCCAUCAAAUGGCCAAGGAGCAGAUAAAAGCAACCACUACAGCAUUGGCGAGCUGGCCACAUCCUCGCUGUUAGGUCUUGUGGCCACGAUAAAGGAGCACAUCACCAAGCCUACGGCUAUGGCUCAAGGGCGAGUGGCUCACCUGAUUGAGUGGAAGGGCUGGGGAGGUGGUGGCGAGGCCGGAGCGGGUGGCGGCGGUUGGAGCGGAGGCUGGGCUCGAGGAGGCGGAAGCUGGGGCCCCGAGGAAGAUCAACAAUUUUACUCCCAAAUGACAGAUGAGAUCAAGGAAGCUCGCUUUGCAGCUGGAGUAGCAGAGCAGUUUGCCUUGGCUGAAGCUGCCAUGAGUUUUUGGUCCUUGAACGACUGCUUUGAGCAACCUUCGACCAGCCUGCAAGGGGCGCCGCAAAGCCACCUUUUUUCUGGUUUCCUGCUGGAUGACGCAAGCGCCAGUAUCCCACAGUACCUGCACAGCAUCCACGCCGAGCCACAUGGCGAGAGCCAGCUCAGAGGCCUGGCCGCCCCCAAACCUCCAUCCAUGGCCUCCGUUAAACCGCAGAAGAAUUCUACCAGCGAAGAUAAAUGCAGUGCAGUCACCACAGAGGCUGCUGUGCGACACAUAGACAGCAGCUCACUGUCUGAGGAUGAUGUGUUUUAUAAUUAAAUACCUUCACAUUGCAAUUGUAGUGGUGCCUUAAGAUAUGAGCGCAAUAUGGUUACAGUGAACUCAACUAAGUUAACAUUAAGCAGCAGUUUGGCAAAGACCAAACCGGUUUUCAAAAUAAGAGGCUUCAAGUUGUUGGUGCAAAUCCCAGUUGAAGUUGACUGUCAAACUAAACCUAAGAGAUUUAUACGUUGUGUAUUUAAAACAACCCCAUAGCUUUGUCUUCGGAAAUUCCGCUUAGUUUAAUACUUUUUCAGCAUGUGAGCUACUCAUAAAACAACUAAGUGAAAAUGGUUUGCCCACUACAAAAAUGCAAGAUCUAUAAUUAUUUUCAACUGUAUUGCGAAUUCUUUGUAUGUACAGUACAAUGUAUGUUGGUGUACCUCGCAUAAUCGAAUGAGUUAACAUUUUUUGUAAUUACCCAAGUCUAUUAUUUGGUCAAAAUUCAGUUGUCACCUGACUGGUAACCCUGUACAUCAAUCAGGUGACAGGAUAGAUAAUAGACAGACAUCUUUUUUUUUUCUUUAUGUCAGGCUGCGAUCAACCGGUAGAUCGUGUUCGACGUAAUGAGCACCCCUAGUUUGAGACUCGCAAACAAGUCCAAACUCCUUUGAUGGGCUAACCAUCCACCAACCACCAUUAAGGUAAUGGAUGUGUGAAUGCAAAUUGUGUUGCAACACAAUGAAGACAGGCAAUUGAAUAUGCUUACAUUAUUUAUCCUCUGCAAAGAAUGACUUCAUAUUACUGGCAGCUUAUUGAAGAGCCGAUACAGACUCCAUGAAUGGUACCUUAUACCCAUAUGUUUGUAUUACCCUGCAGGUGGCCGAGGUGCGCAAACCAGAAGGAACAGCUCAAUGUCCACUAAACUGAAGCAAAAAAUAUGGCAAAACUAUAUUUUGAUUAUUUAUAUUCUAUUUCAUUAAAUCAUUACUUUAGGUGUAAAAUAUUGAGGAGCACAAUUAUCUGAACAUUUGUGUUGAUUUUAUUGGGAGCCUGGAGCCGAUUAAUGACAUUUCUGUUCAAUUCAGUGGGGAAAGAUGAAUUGCGAUAUGAGUGUUUUGCAUUCCGACCGUGGUCAAUGAAACUCUUAUCUCAAGGCAUCACUCCACUGUAUCUGUGUUUGACCAAGAAAGACUCAAGUUUAACACCAGCAGUGAAAAUAACUUCAUAGAAUUGCCCACAUGGAAAACAUUUGUGAAUGUAUAGUUGCUUCGCUACAUUGAACUUUUCUAUUCAUUGUACAUCAGAUAUAUUUUAUUGUAUGUUGACCUUACAGCCAAUGGGAAGUAUAGUAUUGUGUAAUUAUCUUGGUAUAAAACCACUUGCGUGAUUUGCUGCUC